CGCCACACCGCUCCAGGUGACCUAGGCAGAAUUUCUAGGAUCUGCUCAUCAAUCAUUCCGCUCGCACCUUCUGAAUUCUCUGGUGAAACCUGAAAAAUAGUCAUUUCCUCGUCUUCUUUGUCAUCGAGGAAAUGCAUAUCAACUCCAGACAGACAGAUCCAAUGCAAAAAGUGAUUUUGGCAGUGAAAUUGGUGUGAUUGUCGUGAAAAUUUAGUGGCGAUUGCAUGACGCAUGUGUGAGGUGAACGUGGGAAGAAAAACAACUCUGUGUGCCGAGAAGAGACGGGAAAAGCCUCAGUGCUAUGCUCUCGAGACAAGCAUUCUUCCUCCUUCUCACUCUCUAUCCACUCACACUUUCAUCCGACAGAGAGGCUUCGCCAAUAGCCAGCGCGAGCUUUCGCCAGCAUGCGCACGAACCGCCUAAAGCUCCAGUCGUGGCUGAGUUGCGGAAAGUUCGCAGCGCCUUUCACUACAUGCAGAACACGAGUGAGAAGUUUAUUGUCCCUGGAAAAGAGCAUCCGGCGAAGAACAACACAAGAUCUGCCUGGAGACCCAAAUUCGCCACUCCUCGGGAGCCCUCUAGUUUCGCUCUGGACUCUCUGAGAUUCACCUGCUCUGAGAAGUACACGCCAGAGUGUCGCAACAAGACGCGCCUGUUCCGGCGGAAAAUCGUGGAAACGCUGGAGAAGUCGGCCAAGGAGAAUCCCGAGGAAGGACCGAACAUCUACAAUGUGUCCUACAAGCCGCGACAGAGGCUGAAGUCUCCGAUGUGCGGCAUCUUGAGGGCGGGACUGAAGACACUGCGACGGAAAGACUUCAUGAAAAUGUCAGAGCGAUUGACGCUGUUUGAUUUAGUGCCAAAGAGAAAACUCUUCGACAAGCAGAACAUCAAGAGUUGUGCUGUUGUCUCCAGCGCCGGAUCCUUGGCGAACUCCAAAUUAGGCAGGUUUAUUGAUCUACAUGAUUUGGUGAUGCGCUUCAAUCAUGCGCCAACUGAAGGAUUCGAAGUCGAUGUUGGCACGAAGACAACAAUUAGACUCAUAAAUUCUCAGGUGGUGAGUAAGGCUGAAUUCCAAUUCCUCACGUCGCCAAUCUUCAGAAACAUCACAAUCGCGGCGUGGGAUCCAUGUCGGUACAAUUCGACGCUGGAGGAGUGGCUGGAGGCGCCUGAUUUCGAUCUCUUCACCAACUUCCAGCUCUACUCCCUAGACAACGCCUCGCGCGGCAACUUCUACAUCCUCGAUCCGCGCUCCAUUUGGCGCCUCUGGGAGACCCUUCAGGACUACGCGCCCACGCCUAUUCGACGCAAUCCGCCCUCUUCUGGCUUCCUGGGCAUCUCGCUGCUGAUACCGCUCUGCGCGUACAUUGACGUCGUGGAAUACAUCCCGUCCGUGAGGCUGAACGGGCGCUGUCACUACUACGACAGCGAGAUGAACCCCGCGUGCUCCUUCGGGGAGUGGCAUCCGCUGGCGGCAGAGAAGCUGAUGGCCCUGGACAUGAACUCUGCCGAUGACUUCGCCAUCUUCCAAUCUGGCAUCUUGCGAAUUCGCUCCUCCCAGCGCAAUGAGUGCAAGUGAAUUUC